AUGGAAAGUUCUAGUACUUAAGGCUAAGUCAUAAAAUGUAAGGCAGCAGUUGCAUGGGAAGCAAACAAGCCUCUUGAUAUUUGUGAAAUUGAAGUUGCCCCUCCUUAAAAGGGUGAAAUCAGAGUCAGAGUUGUAGCUAAUGCACUAUGCCACACUGACAUUUAUACUCUUGAUGGCCAUGAUCCUGAGGGUCUCUUCCCAUGCAUCCUUGGUCAUGAAGCUACAGCAAUAGUAGAGAGCGUUGGUGAAGGAGUUACCUCAGUUCAAGUUGGAGACACAGUUAUUCCCUGCUACACUCCUUAAUGCAUGGAAAGAGAUUGUGUUUUCUGCAUGAGUUAAAAGACAAAUCUUUGUCCCAAGAUUCGUGCAACACAAGGAAAAGGAGUCAUGCCCGAUGGUACUACUAGAUUUUCAAAGGAUGGUAAACCUAUCUAUCAUUUUAUGGGAUGUUCAACAUUUAGUGAGUACACUGUAAUUGCUGAAAUCUCAGCUGCUAAAAUAAACCCAUCUGCUGAUCUCAAUAAAGUAUGCAUGCUUGGUUGUGGUGUCAGUACUGGUUGGGGAGCUGCUAUGGUGAAUCCUGAAGUUAAACCAGGUACCACUGUAGCUGUUUGGGGUCUUGGAGCUGUCGGCUUAUCUGUUAUCUAAGCUGCAAAGCUUUAAGGUGCUGGAAAGAUCUAUGGAAUCGAUGUUAAUACUGAUAAGUUUGACCAUGCAAAGAAAUUAGGUGCUGAUGAAUGCAUGAAUCCUUUGGAAUAAGAUUCCAAAGAUUGGUUAUUAGGAAAAGAAAAAUGGGGUAUCAAUUAUACUUAUGAUUGCACAGGCAAUGUUGCAGUUAUGAGAACAGCUCUUGAAGCAGCCCACAGAGGUUUUGGAGAAAGCUGCAUCAUUGGAGUAGCAGCUGCUGGUAAAGAAAUUUAAACUAGGCCAUUUUAAUUAGUUACUGGAAGAUAGUGGAAAGGCACAGCUUUUGGAGGAUGGAAGAGUAGAGAAGAUGUUCCCAAGCUAGUAAACAAAGUCAUUGUAGGUGAACUUAACAUUGAUGAUUUUAUUACUCACACAUUUGAAUCAUUAGAAGAUGUCAACUAAUCAAUAGACAUUCUUCAUUCAGGCAAAUGCCUGAGAGCUGUAGUAAAAAUUUCAUAAUAAGAAUAAAGACCAUCACUGAAAGUCAAAAUUCUAUCAAGUUUGAAGUAUCAUGGAGGUGUUCUUAAAACUGUUUCUCACUGGUCUUCAGUUAACAACUGUGAGAUGAAAUUUAUGAUUUAUCUUCCAAAUGAAACUAUUAAAGAGCAGCGAGGAAAACCAUACCCAGCUUUGUAUUUCUUGGCUGGUUUGACUUCUAACCAUGAGAAUGCUCCGAUAAAGAGUCACUUUGGAUCUUUUGCUAAAAAGCAUGGUAUAGCUAUGAUCUUCCCAGAUACUUCUCCAAGAGGUAUUGAAAUUGAAGGUAUUAGAGAAAAUUGGUGGUUUGGAGAAGGUGCUGGAUAUUAUGUAGAUGCUACAAAUGAAAAAUGGUCAAAGCAUUUCAAUAUGUACAGUUAUAUUACUAAGGAACUACCAGAAUUAGUUUCAGACCACUUCCAUGUAGAUAAAAAUAAAUCAUCAAUUACUGGGUUUAGUAUGGGAGGAAUGGGAGCACUAGCUCUUUAUUUGAGAAAUCCAGGCUUGUAUUAAUCAGUAUCUGCUUUCAGUCCUAUAUCACACCCAACUAAUUCUGAAUGGGGAAAAAAUGCUUUUGAGCAUUAUCUUGGUUCAGUUGAUGCUGGUAAAUCUUAUGAUCCAUCACUAUUAAUCGCAGAAUAUGAUGGACCAAAGACUAAAAUCUUAUUUGAUCAAGGAUCAAGUGACAAAUUCUUACAAAAUCUUUAACCUGAAACCUUCUUGAAUGCUGCUCAUAAGGCCGGCAUUGAUGUUCAGUAUAACUUUAGAGAAGGCUAUAGUCAUGAUUAUUUCUAUGUAGCUUCCUUUAUCGAGAACCACAUUGAAUUCCAUUCAAGAUACCUUAAUGCUUGA